UACCUAGUUUCAUUCUUUUCCUCAAUAUACCGACAUACGUGAAGUUUUAUUUUUUUAUUUGAUCUGAAAAAUCACUGUUUAAAACAAUUACUUUGCCCUUGGUUUAAAUCUUCUUUUGCAGCAAUUUGUGCAGUUUGAUUUGUGGAGAAGUUUACGCAGAAGAGGGACAUGGAACGUUGGACAUCAAUAAUGUUUGUUUUCUCAUUGGCCGUUAUUCUUGGAAACUGUCAAACUUUUCAGUACAGUCGAGGAUGGACCAAUGGAAAGCGCGCGGAAAAUUUGGCUAAUAACUUUCUUGAAGUUUCAAAGUUAGCCGGAGCUCGGCUUCAGGGUACCGGAAGUCAACUGGCCAAUUUGCAGGCGAACUGCAGAUUGCAAAAGCUGAAAAUGUUACUGCAAGGAAACGGUAACGAACAGGCACAUUUUGCAACCUGCGAGUUCAUGAAUGCUCUGCGAAGAUCCUCGCCGGUAGCACCGAUGGCCAGUUACUUCCGGCACAGUUCAUCCUCAGAAAAUAGCAUCCGCAAUAAUAAUUAAUGAGGGUCGAAUAGCGAGAAUUUACGACACAAGUUUUCCUGUGGACCGUCUGUCUUCAAUAAAUAAGUUGCCAGAAUGAAAUCAAAAGUUAUAACUUACUCUGCAGAACAUCGACCAUUUUUUUUCUUUAGAAAACGAUCAAACCUUAUAAUUUUCUUUCUGAAAAACUGAUAUUUGAAAUUUAUCGCCGAAUGAGAAAAAAGGUGUUAUUAUAUGAAGCAACCAUGAAGUGAUUAUAGAGAUUUUGAAUUUUUCAUUUCCGCUUAUCUUUUUAAUGGAAAGAUUAGAUAGAUGGAUUUAAAAUAAAAGGCUGGUAAAAUAAAAA